AAUGACUAUUUUUAUUGAUCUUUCCACCUCUAUUACAUUGCAUUUAAAAUGUUUAAAGUAUUUAAUUUUUUAAAACUUCAAACAUGUUUAGAAUCUCGUUAUUUUUUUCAAACACCGUUAUUUUAAUUUAAACUUUACAAAUGUUAAAAUGUACAAUAUUAAAUUAUUUUUAAUUUUUAGUGUUAUUUAAACUAUUUUCUCCUAAUUUAUGCCCAAUUUAGCAGUUUCACUUUCACACAUUGAAUUACACACUUUGUUGAAGAAUUUAACUCAAUUUGAGGGAAACAAAAAUGAAUUCCGAGGAUAUUUCUGAAGAUUCUGACGAGUCUGAGGAUUUUAAAGACAAUUCAGGGGAAUUAGCUUAUAGUUUAUUCGACGAUUUUAAAUCAACUGAUGCUGUUGAGGUUUAUGAGCAUAUGGAAAAUAAGUUCGGUUUCAAGUACAAUUUAUUAGGGAACACGACCUUACACAGAAUAGCCCUGAUAAAGUACUUACAGGAGAAAAGGGAUAAUAAUGAAAAUGUUCUCGAAUACUAUAAUAAAUUGCAAAAAGAUCCCAAUAUAGUUUUAAAUAAUUUUGAGGAAUAUAUUAAACCUCCCUUUAAUAACCAGAAGCUUAUUUGGGGGUUUAUGGAAAGCAGUGACUCAGAAGCUGAGGAUUCCAUUCUUUCAAAUUACAUUCACAACUAUAAACACGAAUAAUUUCAACUCAUUCUAUGUUAACUAUAUUCUACCAUAUUCUAA